GAAGCGUUUCCAAAUUGAGUGCUACCAUGAAGGCAAUUUCAUCCUCCUGCAUCCACCACCAUCUCCCGGUGGCUCACCACCGCCGCACCAACCAGACUUUCAUUAUUCGUGGCUUUCAAGAAGUUGCCACGCUCCCCAAACAGCAAAGCGCCAGCUCUCGCCUAUCCCAAUCGUUCUCAAACCUCCUUCGUCUCCAUGUUGACACCCCUCCUAGAACUGACUUUCAGAGUUCUACUGGUAUUUCUCUCAUUGAUGAGAAGCACUCCACUCCAACAUGUUCUCCCAAAGAAGACAUAUCAAACAAAUGGAGCGAAAUUCAUGGUUCCUGUGAUUGGGACAAUAUUCUUGACCCUCUUCAACCUUGGCUUCGCAGAGAGAUUGUCAAGUAUGGAGAAUUCGCGCAGGCGACUUAUGAUGCAUUUGACUUCGAUUCAUUCUCGGAGUAUUGUGGGAGCUGUAGAUACAAUCAGCAUAAGCUGUUCAAAGAACUAGGCCUAGAAAAGAAUGGUUACAUGGUGAGCAAGUAUAUCUACGCCAUGUCCCAUAUCGAUGUGCCCCAAUGGCUGGAAAGGUCUCACCUGCUCGACACAUGGAGCAAAGAUUCCAACUGGAUGGGCUACGUAGCAGUCAGCGAUGAUCAAGAGUCGAGCCGGAUUGGGCGAAGAGAUAUUGUCGUGGCAUGGCGUGGGACAGUGGCACCAUCGGAGUGGUACGAGGAUUUUCAGAGGAAGCUAGAGCCAGUUGGGCAUGGAGAAGCUAAAGUUGAGCACGGCUUCCUUAGUAUCUACACAUCCAAAAGGGAGUCUUCAAGGUAUAAUAAGUCAAGUGCCUCAGAUCAAGUGAUGAAAGAAGUAACAAGGCUAGUGCAAUUGUACAAGCAAAGAGGUGAACAAGUGAGCCUUACAAUCACUGGACAUAGCUUAGGCGGUGCCUUGGCCCUCCUCAACGCAUACGAAGCUGCCACCUCUCUUCCAGGUCUUCCAAUUAGUGUAAUAUCGUUCGGUGCUCCCAGGGUUGGCAACAUUGCCUUCGGGGAUGAACUCCACCAGCUGGGAGUUAAAACCUUACGGGUGGUCGUUAAGCAAGAUAUGGUCCCUCGGAUGCCAGGACUUGUCUUCAAUGAAAGAUUACAGAAGUUCGAUGAUAUCACAGGAACCCUAAAAUGGGUGUACACGCAUGUGGGAGCGGAGUUGAAGCUCGAUGUGCAAUCUUCUCCUUACCUCAAGCGCGGGUUCAAUCUUCCCGGGUUUCACAGCCUGGAGACGUACCUCCACCUUAUUGAUGGAUUCCAUAGUAAAACCUCGACGUUUCGGGAAGGUGCUCGGAGGGAUAUUGCCCUAGUGAACAAGGCUUGCGAUAUGUUAGUGGAUGAGCUUAGGAUCCCACAUGCUUGGUACCAAUUUGCAAACAAGGGCCUAGUCCGCAAUGCUCACGGUAGAUGGGUUAAACAAGUAAGAGACCCAGAAGACAUACCUUCACCUGCCAGAGAAACCCAUCAUCAGGCUUUUUCAGUUGAGAUGCUUGCAACUGAUGAAGGACUCGCCCGUACUUUGUGUUAAUUAAGCCAUAAAUUUUAUUGGUUUAUACAGCUUGAACCACAAUUGUAAAUUAUGUUAUUCAUAUACGGAUCAUAUGGCAAUACCAUAUCAAUUAUUUUGGUUACUUGGAUA